AUGUUAGCCAGUUGUCACAUUCUGACCACUCAAUGCCAUCUUUUAGCAAAUGGUUCCGGCGGGCUUGAAUAUGUCAAAGAGGCUGGUGGAACAUUUAUAACGUCUGGUCUUGCGAAAAGCUUUGGUUAUGACUGCCUCCAUGGAGAUAUUUAUUUCUACGAGUUUCGUGGCAAAAAUCAACAGUAUGAAGUGAAAAAGCUUAAGAUUGCUAAACCGUUUGAUCGACGUUAUUUCGCCCCCUACGGAAUCAGUUCUUUCGUAAGCAAAGGUCGCAUAAUGAUCUAUGUAAUCAACAGCUACCAAAACAAUGCUUCUGUUGAGGUUUUUCAAUACAAUUCCGCAACAAUGACGCUUCGGCACCGAAAAACUAUCAGGAAUUCCUUUUUUAGAAAUAUGAUGGACUUGGUUGUCGUUGGUGCUGACCGGUUUAUAGCUACAAAUUUCGUCUACAGUACAUACCGGCCUCUUCAGUUUGUAGAGCUAGCUUUACAGACACCACUUGGAUCUGUUGUGUAUUAUGAUGGCAGAACAGCUACUUACCUUGAAAGGAAAUUGAACAUUGCUCAAGAAAGACGUGAACUUAAAAAUGCGUCUCUCUUUUGUGAGGCGAUAUUGUGCAUUAAUGAGGAGGAGCACAGGUUCUUCCCUUCACCAAGCGGCAUAGCAGUGGAUAGAAACCGAGAAUACCUAUAUGUAGCAAGCAGCAUUGAAGAGGUUAUAAGAGUGUACCGUUUAAAAAAAGACAUGUCGAUAGUGAAACAAACCGAGAUUAACUUACUAACAGCUCCAAUGGGCAUCUUUGUCGAUACCGAGUAUGGUGACUUAUGGGUAGCUACGCAACCGGUGUUGUACAAAGCAUUACAGCAUUUACGCAACCCUCUGCUAAGAGAACAUCGGUCUCCAUCUCAAGUGUUAAGGAUACGAAUUCAGAGGGACCGUAAAAGCUGGGUGAUUACGGAGCCAUAUGCCAACGACGGAGCAACGCUGUGGGGAUCAACAUCUGUUUUAUUCUUUCAAGAUCAGAUGUUGGUCGGCAGCUGGUUUGGAAGGUUGCUUCACUGUAAUAUUGAAUAUCCACAGCUUACCUAA